AUGCACCCCACCUUGAAAAAGUACCCUGAUGAAAUCCUUGAAGCUCAGGACGAAGUAACACUGAAAGCUGGCGAGAAUUUCGAUUGUAUUGCUCUUGUGCAGCAACGUGCGAGAAGGCGACAUCAACUGCGAGCGAAAGUUGAGCGAGUGGUUUGGAUACUCACGUCCUUCUGCAUCAUUUACUACGGAGAUGGUUCAGUCGACUUGGUCACCGCCUCAACUAGUCAAUCGGGCGUCUUGUGGAGCUGGUAUGUCCUCGCGUUUCUUCCUCUAGGAAUUAACAUGUGGAUUAUGUGCCACCUUGUUCGUCGGCACCAAUUACAACACCGCGGGUCAAAUUGGUCACGUAAAGCACCCUGGGCACUGCCUGCGUCCUCCAUCUGCGGUAUUAUAUCUUUUAUUGGAUUCGCUAAAUUGUUCUGGCAUGUCUAUGGCUGGAUAACGCCGUUUGUAGAGGUUUUUCUUUGCAUUGGGUUUUUGAUGAUAACUUGUUUCUUUCCUGAUGUGUGCUUCUCUGUUACAAAGGGAGACCAUCUAAAAAAGUGGAACUCUUGAGCGAAACUGACAUUUAUAGUUGAAAAAAGAGCAUAUAUAUUAAGGAUAGCUAGUACGAGGUUAGCAAGGGCCUUUUUUUAUUAUCAUUAGCUUCAUUUAGUGGACCUGCAUCACAAAUAUUAUCACC